CCCCCCCCCCUGUUUUCAGCAGAAGCUUAAAGAUGAAGAAUGAACCUUGAAAGUUUCGCUUAACAUAUUUGUUCCACCAUUGACUGAACAUCUUCGGGGGAAUGGACUUUAACCGACCUCCAGGGUAAUGGCACGGUUUAGGCGUAAAUCAUGUUGUGCACUUAUCGCUUUAGCCUUGGUCGUGUUUAUAAUAACAGUUAUCUUAAAGUCUCUGAGCCCUGAGGAUAACAAUUUUGGCAGUCAGUUUACAUUAAGACUUAUUCCACCUCCAAGAGAAAUGGAAAAAGAUACCAAUGUUGUUGUAUCCGCUAAACCUGCGCAGAUGAUACAGGCAGAGAAACCCGAUAGCCUGGAGAACAAAAUGCAAGAUUUCCCUGAACCAAAUUACAAUGUGCAAGAUUUCCCUGAACCAAAUUACAAUGUGCACGCUUUCUACUAUGUAUGGUAUGGGAACCCUCAGUUUGAUGGAAAGUAUGUUCACUGGGAUCAUCAACUCUUACCACACUGGGACCCCAAAGUGGCCUCAGGUUAUCCCACAGGACAACACCAGCCUCCAAAUGACAUCGGGGCAAAUUUCUACCCUGCACUGGGUCCAUACAGCUCCAGAGACCCAUCAGUUUUAGAGGAACACAUGCGACAGCUCCGAACAGCUGCUGUUGGUGUUCUAGCGGUUUCGUGGUAUCCACGUAGUAUGAACGACGACAAUGGUGAAGAAAUUGAUACCUUGCUGCCUUUGAUUCUGGAUGCAGCUGACAAAUAUCAGUUGAAGGUUGUUUUUCACAUUGAACCAUAUAAAGGACGAGAUGAUGCUAAUAUGCGUGAAAAUAUUAAAUAUAUUGUGGAGAGGUAUGGAAACCAUCCUGCUUUUUAUAGAUACAAAACAAGCACUGGCAAAUUUCUUCCACUGUAUUAUAUAUAUGACUCCUACUUACAAACUCCAGAUGUUUGGGCAGAACUGCUUAAGCCGAAUGGCAUAUCGACCAUUAGGGACACACCGUUUGAUGGCAUCUUCAUUGCUCUUCUUGUGGAAGAAAAGCAUAAGAAGGACAUACAGACUGCUGGAUUUGAUGGACUCUACACGUAUUUUGCAACCAAUGGCUUUACGUAUGGUUCCUCACAUCACAACUGGAGAUCCAUCAAAACCUUCUGUGAUUAUAAUGACUUGGUAUUCAUUCCAAGUAUAGGGCCAGGUUAUAUCGACACCAGCAUAAGGCCUUGGAACUCCCAGAAUACAAGGAACCGCAUUAAUGGGAAGUAUUAUGAGAACGCUUUUAAUGCGGCUGUGGAGGCAAGGCCACAGAUGAUCUCUAUAACUUCUUUCAAUGAAUGGCAUGAAGGAACUCAAAUUGAAAAGGCCAUCCCCAAGACAUGGGGUAAAACUGUAUAUCUUGACUACCUUCCUCAUAAACCUACAGUUUAUUUAGAGUUAACACAAAAAUGGGCAAAAAAAUUCAGCGAGGAGCAGAAAAAAUGGCUGGAGUAAAGAGAAGUUAUUUACUUCAU